UGGUUGGUAUACUCGACUGCACGACUGAAGGUAUCAUUUUGUGUGUGAUAUGUCUCAUAUGCUUGGGCUGGAGUAAUUUGUAAAUAUUUAGUUAAUAUUUGUACUCGUUCUAUUAAUUAUAUUGUAAAUAUUAAAAAUGAUCGUUGGAAACCCUGAGGCUUUUAAGUCAUGGAUGACUACAAUUCUUGAACCUCUAUGCGAUGCAGAUCCAGAGGCACUAGCCAAGUAUGUGUAUGCCUUGGUUAAAAAAGAUAAACCAACUGAAGAGUUGCGUAAAAGCAUGAUUGCACAGUUAGAAGUGUUUCUUCAAAAAGACACAAAGGAUUUUGUGGAUCUACUGUUUUCAAAACUAGAAUCCGAUGCCAAAAAUGACUUUACUUUCGUCAAGAUUAAAGAAGAACCUGUUGAUCGAGUUGAAGCUGCCAAAACCUCAAUUGCAACGGAUCAGGCAGUAUCAGCUCUGCCACUGCCCAUUCUACCAGAGACUGUGCCUGAGACAGUACAGGGAGUGGUGGAGGGAGCAAUAGGAUCAUCAGAAGUGGAUAUCAACCCCACCUUGGAGCCGGUUCCCGCUCUUCUGCCUGUAGGCAUUCCAGAAACCACAAAACCAAUAGUAGCUGUACAGCCUGCCAAAGAACAGGUGCAGGCAGCAGAAGAGAGUCCUAAAUUGUUAAGAAAUGGUUCAUCAUAUGGUUCAAUGAGCAUCAAACAAACGGAAAGACGGCUGUCAUCUUCUCGCUCCCACGAUCGCAAGUCAGAUUCCGAGAGGGAGGAGAAGGUACUAAGGCGGCGGGACUCAAGUGUUUCACCUCCAUUGAGGCGAUUGGAGAGAUCACGGUCCCGUUCUUGGGAGCCGCGUAGCAUGCCCCGUAGGUCUCGCUCCAAGUCCCGCCGUUCACGUUCACGUGGCCGUGAACGUGACCGAAGCAGGGCCUGGCGCAAUAAGUCCCCUCCACCUCGCAGAGUCUGCUACGAUCGGGAUAGAAGAAUGCGUAGCUGGUCCAAAAGUCCUCUUCGAUCCCGCUCUAGGUCUCCACCCUCUUCUAAACUCAGAGCUCGUUACAGGAAUAGAUCACCUAUGGCCCGUUCUCGUUCUCGAUCGCAUAGCCCAUAUGACUCACCCCGCAAGUCCCUGCCGCUGUCUGGAGGGGGGACACCUACACAGGAUAGCAACCAUGGAGACGACCUGCGCCUCUCUGCCUCCACCCACAACAUUCAGAGUGUUGUUAGUGUCAAGGAGCCCCUCUCCAAGAUACGGAGGUGCCGCGAUUUUGAUGAGAAAGGGUUCUGUAUGAGAGGUGAGAUGUGUCCGUAUGACCAUGGAAAGGACCCAGUAGUAUUGGAAGAUGUGGGACAAGUAUUAUCGUUCUCAGGCCCAAAUGUACAGGGACUACCCCCACCAUCUUUGGAACCGCCAGCUGCUAGUAUCAACAUGCCUAUGCUGCAGCCACCCACUCUUGGUCCCAUGGCAAUGCAUCACAGGCCACAACUAAUGAGACUACCACAUAACCUCUCGGAGUAUAAUCCAGAUGCACCAAGUAUGGAACCGAGAAUGUGGUCAAAGCAUCCCUUCCGCACAUCAGGCCGAGGCAUGCUGCGAGGUGGAGGAGUAAUAAGGUCUCCACCAGGGUUUGCUCCUCACCAUCAACGAGAACUCAUAAGUGUACCAGUCAUGGAAGGAGAAGAUGUUCCUUUUUAUGCACCAGUUGGAAACCCAAUGAAGAGACAGUGUCCCCCUGAAUUUUCAAAUGAUGCUGAAACGAUACCACCACUCAAACAAAGGUUUGACUACUCAAGACUUGGGAAUCGCCGAGGUAACUGCUCUCUACAGCUCAAGAAAAUUCCUCAAGGGUUGAAUAACAUUGCACAUUUGCACAACCAUUUUGUCAAGUUUGGCAAAAUUGUUAAUAUUCAGGUAUCAUUUGAAGGGGAUCCAGAGGGAGCACUGAUUACUUUCACCUCUCAUGCUGAAGCAAGUGCAGCAUACAAGAGUACUGAGGCAGUACUCAACAACCGCUUUAUCAAAGUGUUCUGGUACAACCCUGACAAAGAUAACAAGCAGGAGAAUAUUUCACCACUAAACAGACCAUCAGCAAAGGAACGUCUUGGGGCCCCAGUCAUGAAUUCCGUUUUGAAUACACCUCAACCUCCUAGCAAACCUGAUACCAAUAGUGAAAUGGAGAAGGUAUUUAUUACUGGAUCAAAUAUAACCAAAACUGUAUACAUCCCAACAGUUUUAGAGAAGAAAACUGGGGUUGUCAAACCUGAUCCAAAGAAGUUGGUUGUAACCACAAGUUUCCAUAAUGCACAAGAUAUACAAAUAGCAAGAGAGUCAUUGAGGAAAAAACAGGAAGAAAAACGGAAGGAGGCAAUAAAACUAACACAACACUUGUUCAAGAGGAAGACUGAUUUGAUAGACAAAUUUAUAGCCCACCAGAAGGUGUUGAUUGAGAAGUUAGAGAAAGGAAAUUUCCCACCUGAACAAAGAGCUGAAAUUAUGUCAACCAUUACAGGAUUCCAGGAAAACAUUGACACAAUGCGCAAAGAUUUAAAGACAGUGGUUACCAAACCCACAAACACUACAACUACAUUGAAAGUCUCACCUCAGAUGGUGAAGCGGACUAGAGAGGAGGUAGGUGAGACGCCUGCUGCUACUGCUUCUCUCUCCACCCCUCAUACACAGAAGCAGAUCUUGGAUGCUGAGCUAGACAUGUUCAACCAAGAGCAGGAAGGCAAGGACACCAGUGAGUUGCAGAAGCGAGUGUUGGAGCUGAAAAACAAGGCUCACAACUUGGGUCUACUCGCUAACAAUGGCGUUCUCCGCUUGCCUCGUAACUCUACUCGCUAUCGCACUGGCAGGGGUAGGGGAGGUUUUAACCCUCACUCCACCGUUGACCACAGACCAACUAAAUUGCUGAUUUCCGGUUUUGAGAGUGACGACAAAGCAGAAAUACUUGAACAUUUCUCUAAAUUCGGUGAAGUAGUAGAUCAUGUUUGGGAUGAGGCCACUCCAGCCCUUGUUGUCCAGUUUAAGACCCGUAAAGAUGCGGAGACGGCUAUGGCCAAGGGCCGCAACUUUCAGGACCGACUGAUGACCAUCACGUGGUUCAAUCCUGCACAAAACAUGGGCAUGAGGAGUUCAGGGAUGCGGUCAGUUAUUCUCCUCAAUGAUAGUGUGGCUGAACUAUUGUCUGAACAUGAUGAUGAGGAAGAGGCGUUGAGGAUAAACUUGGAUUCGAAUGAAGAUUUUUUACUGCAGGAUGAGGAGGAGGAAGAGGAUGAAGAGAGGUCCUGGAGGCGAUAGCAAUGAACCUUGUUGCUGCUCCCUCCCAUACUGUGAUGUUUAGUGUUCAUCCUUGUACAAAAGAACAGAUUAGUGUAUAUUGCUGAAGUAACCACUGUUCUUAAUUGUAUAUCAAGUAUCAAUGUAUUCUUGAUUAAGUGUUGGAUUAAUGUUGGUUAUCAUUGCUUGAAAAUACAUAUUAUUUAGCAAGUCA